CCCUCCAGGGAGCCCCGACGGCCGAGCGCGGGUGCCCCAGGCCGAGGGGCGAGCUCCCGGGCUCCCGGAGGUGGGGGCGUACCCGCCGGUACGCGCUACUGCGCUUCCGCGGUUCUCUCCCGUCGCGGCUGCCGCGGGCACAGCUGGAAAGCACCUUGCGCAAGGGUCUCACGGGGUGCAGACUCCGACUCCUCCCCCUUCCUCCUCCUUCCCGGAUCCCUAACGCGCGAGCAGUGCGGGUCUGGGCAGUGCGCGGGGACACAGAGACCCUCUGUCACCGCGCCUCCCGCCGAAUACACCGCCCGGCCUGCUGCACUCUCCCCGCCGACGCCGGUGAGUGCGCCUCGGAGGCUGGGGACCCGGCUGCCGCCCGCCCAAAUCGUGGGGGCUCUUUAUAGUUUACAAGCCCUUGGUAGGCUUCCCCGGCUUUAAAGAAUAGGAGGAGGGGAGUGGGGGCGGCGGUUGACGGAGCAGAGAACUUUUUGAAUAGCUGAAACUUAAUUUCAUGCUUAUGUAACCCGGAUGCUAUUCUGUGACUAAAGGGUCGUUAUAGAAGAACGUGAGUGCUGGGCUUUCGGUCUAAGAAGAAAUGUUGAGGGGAGGGUCGUAAUGUGAUAUCAGGACUCCAAAAUUCUUUUAGUUCUGGGCGGAGAACGACGAUUAGAAAGAAGAACGGCGUGCACAGAGAUUGCCCCAAAAGUUAAUAAGGAAGGCCAGGAGCUGCCUUUAAGAGAAACGGCUAUUUCACUUUUGGAAAGACAUUUUGGCACGGAAUAAAGAACUCCUACUAAAAACAGGGAAAGAAACACGACUACAGUUGCAUUAGGUAUCUGUGGCCUGUGUCUCAUGUAUUUGCCAAGUAGAAUAUAAUCUGAAUCCAGCAGACGCCCCCAACUCUCUGAUGGAUUGAGAUACAGCAUUUAAAACCUUACUGUGAAGAAACCCAGGGAACAGGUAGCCGCAUCCCAUUUGCAGAUAAGAAAGGAGGCCUAAGCAGUAUCUGCAAAGCCGGGACUUCUCUGUGUUGUGCACAUACCAGCAACUGCAGAAGGCAGAGCUCUUUGACUCUGCACCAAACACCUUACACACCUGAACUUCUUUAAACCUCACAACCGCCCUAUGAGACUCUCUAGAAAGCAUAACAGUGAUGGAGUACAUGAGCACUGGAAGUGACAAUAAAGAAGAGAUCGAUUUAUUAAUUAAACACUUGAAUGUGUCCGAUGUAAUAGACAUUAUGGAAAAUCUUUACACAAGUGAAGAGCCAGCAGUUUAUGAACCCAGUCUCAUGACCAUGUGUCAAGAUAGUAAUCAAAAUGAGGAGCGUUCAGAAUCUCUGCUGCUCAGUGGCCAAGAGGUGCCUUGGCUGUCAUCGGUCAGUUAUGGAACUGUGGAGGAUUUGCUUGCCUUUGCAAACCACAUAUCCAACACUGCAAAGCGUUUUUAUGGACACCGACCUCAGGAAUCUGGGAUUUUAUUAAAUAUGGUAAUCACUCCCCAGAAUGGACGCUAUCAAAUAGACUCUGAUGUUCUCCUCAUCCCUUGGAAGCUGACUUAUAGGAAUAUUGGCUCUGAUUUCAUACCUCGGGGGGCCUUUGGAAAAGUGUACUUAGCACAAGAUAUAAAGACUAAGAAAAGAAUGGCGUGUAAAUUGAUCCCAGUAGAUCAAUUUAAGCCAUCUGAUGUGGAAAUCCAGGCCUGCUUCCGGCACGAGAACAUCGCUGAGUUAUAUGGUGCGGUGCUCUGGGGUGAAACUGUGCACCUCUUUAUGGAAGCAGGCGAGGGAGGGUCUGUUCUUGAGAAACUGGAGAGCUGUGGACCAAUGAGAGAAUUUGAAAUUAUUUGGGUGACAAAGCAUGUUCUCAAAGGACUCGAUUUUCUACACUCAAAGAAAGUAAUUCAUCAUGAUAUUAAACCUAGCAACAUUGUCUUCAUGUCUACAAAAGCUGUUUUGGUGGAUUUUGGCCUAAGUGUUCAAAUGACUGAAGAUAUCUAUUUUCCUAAGGACCUUCGUGGAACAGAGAUUUACAUGAGCCCAGAGGUGAUCCUAUGCAGAGGCCAUUCAACCAAAGCAGAUAUCUACAGCCUGGGAGCCACACUCAUCCAUAUGCAGACGGGCACCCCGCCUUGGGUGAAGCGCUACCCUCGCUCAGCCUAUCCCUCCUACCUGUACAUAAUCCACAAGCAGGCGCCUCCGUUGGAAGAUAUUUCGGAUGAUUGCAGCCCUGGCAUGAGAUUGCUGAUAGAAGCCGCCUUGGAGAGGAACCCCAAUCACCGCCCGAGGGCAGCAGACCUACUCAAACACGACGCCCUGAACCCCCCCAGAGAGGAUCAGCCACGCUGUCAGAGUCUGGACUCUGCCCUCUUUGAGCGGAAGAGGCUGCUGAGUAGGAAGGAGUUGGAGCUUCCUGAGAACAUUGCGGAUUCAUCAUGCACAGGAAGCACUGAGGAAUCUGAGAUGCUAAAGAGGCAGCGUUCUCUCUACAUAGACCUUGGGGCCCUGGCUGGCUAUUUCAACCUUGUACGGGGUCCACCAACACUAGAAUAUGGCUGAUCGGUGGCAUCAUUUGCUCUAAAUAAUUAAGACUCAUCACUGGGCUCCUGGAAGCUGGUUCUGCUGACUCCACACCGGGGCUCUGUAUAGGGAAUCGGCCUCUGUAUAGGGAAGCGGAUAUGGGCUCCCUGUGACUCAUGAAUGUGACUCCACGUGGCUCCCAUGGGUUUGAUUCGUGAAGCUGCCUUGGUAGCCCCCAGUCUAAAGGUUCUCAUGUCUCAGGUGGUGUAACUCAAAGGAAAUUGAGAGUUCGUAGAAGGAUCAUUUCUGGUGACUGAUUCCAUUCACUGUGCACUUUGCUCAAAAUGUUAAAAAUACCGAGGAUAUCACGAGGAUAAUGUCUUAGCCUGAAAUUACUAUUCUUGGUUCUAAUUUAAGGAUGAGAACUUCAUUUAACUCAGAAUAAUUGUUUUGUAUAUAUUGGUGUAUAUUAUAUGAUAACUCCUUGAGCCUUUGUAGGUAGGUUCUAGUAUAAAUUAAAGUCAUUGUAUUUUGGGUGAAUAGAACAACUUGAAUAUUAUAGCAAUAAGCUGGACUAGUGUCUUAAAAAUGGCUGAUUAUUUAGGAGCCAUCUGACAGCAGACCACUAAUGACAGGUUCUGUUAUGUUCCUAUGGAAACAUUUUGUACUGUAUAUGCUAUGCUUAAAACAUUUAAAACAUGAUGUUUUGAAUGUGGAUAAAACUGUGUAAACCACAUAAUUUCUGUACAUCCCAAAGGAUGAGAAUGUGACCUUUAAGAAAAAUGGAAACAUUUCUAAAUUCUUAAUGAUGCUACUUUUGUAACUCUUCUGACUCUACUUUCUUCUAAGCAUUUGUGUAUUAAAAUAGCAUACUGUGUAUGUUUUAUAUCAAA